AGGGUUGGGAACCUGUGCACUUCAUGAAGGCAUGAAGUGUUUUAGGGAAACAUCCUGGUCCACAGUUUACACCAAUAGGUGGCAGUAAUGCAGCAAUCAAUUGCUUGCCAGCCCACAUAAAAUUAAAACCUAAAGAAGAAGAAGGAGGAGAAGGAGCAGGAGGAGGCGGAGGAAUAGCUGUGUGAGUGGCUCUAGUAAUAAACUAAUCAUGGAGGCAGCAGACUCGUACUUUCAUGUUGAGCUCACGGCUGUUGUUGACGGCUUGCUGAAGGCGGCGGUGGUGGAGAUCUGCGCUCUGGCAGACAGAUGGAGAGAUGAUUUACGCAUGGAGAUAACAACGAGCAGAUCCGAGAAUGAACAGUUAAAGCGCAAACUGCAGAUUAUGGAACAGAGCCUUUCUGCAUCUCGGGUGGCCCAGUCGAAGAAUGUGGGACAUCAGGACAAAAAGACACAAUUCCCUGAGGUUGGCACCAAUCCUACCGACGAUUGUGGAAAUGUGGAGACUGAACUCACAGUUCCCAAAGGAAAUCCGUGGGUGCAGCAGUGUAGCUUUCUACCAGGUGUAAUAAAAGUGGAAGCAAUGGAUAUAUCUGUUACUGCCAAAGCAGGGGAAAGACUAUAUGGAAAAUGCAGUAAUGUACUUCAUCCACCUCAUUAUACAAAUACAAGCAAUCGGCUUCUAGAAUUUAAGACUGAACAUAAGAGCAAUACUGAACCAGAGGUCCAAAUGCCAGAAGCUGUGAGCAGAGAAGACAUCAGUACAGAAUGUGAAGUGGAGACACAGGAUUCUGCAGCUACGGAUGGAGAGUGUGAGUCCGUGAAUCAGAAAACUCAAAAUGUCCACUUUACUCGAACUAAAACAAAAAAGGAGGAUGAUACCAAGGGAGUUGAGGUGAUAGAGGGAGUUUUUCCAUCAGCUUCUAUGUCUUUUCUUAAUAUCUCGGAACCAUCGACCUCCGAUUGUUCAGUGUGUGUAACACUGGGAGAAACAGCUGAAGUAUCCACACUGCCAAGAAAAGCUAAAUAUUCUAAGAAAAAAUCCAAGAACUCCCAAGAUGCUUUGCAGAGAAAAAAAAAGAAAGGUCUCAGAUUCAUUUGUCACAUCUGUGGGAAAAGUCUUUCGACAAAAUAUUCUCUGAAAGUUCAUUUAACACUUCAUACUGGAGACAGGCCACAUGUGUGUACUCAGUGUGGAAAGAGAUUUUUUAACAAAACUAACCUUCAAAUCCACCAGAAUAUCCACACCGGAGAGAAACCGUACGUCUGCACUCUCUGCCCGAAAUCAUUUUCUGACCCGAGCCCUUUAGCAAGACAUGAGAGGAUGCACGGAAGAGAACUAGAGGAGAAACACAGUCCCAAGCCUAAAUUUAUGUGUAAUAUCUGUGGGAAAAUCCUUUCAACAAAACACGGAUUGACAUACCACAUUACAGUGCAUACUGGUAAAAGACCUUUUACAUGUACGUGGUGUGGGAAGAGUUUUGUUCUAAGAAGCAACCUACUGAUCCACCAGAAUAUUCACACUGGAGCAAAACCAUAUACCUGCACUCUGUGCCAGAAGUCUUAUGCUGACCCCAGCAGUCUUACAAAACAUAACAGAUUGCACAAGUAGUAAACUUGCAAACUUUCAAACUUGAGUUAUUACGAGUGAGACAUUUUGAUAGAAAUCCUCUUCCAUUUUAUAGUACAGUAAUUCCCUGGUCAACGUUAUUCCAUUAUCUUUAUACAAUGCAGUAAUUAUAGUUUAUAGGAUAAAUAGUUUUUUAAUAUUUUGUUGAUAAAUUGCUUAUCAACAAUAAUAAUCAUGUUACUUAAUGCUAUAGCAGUAACAUGUAAAAUAAAAUUGAAAGUUCAUUUUAGAGGCGUGUUGGUUUACAGUGAAGCUGGUGGAUUCCAAUCUUUAAUAUUCUUUCAGAUUUUUUUGGUGAAAAAUAAAAAAAGCACUUGUUUUGCAUGACUUGGCCAUGGCUUUGACGGCUUCUCCAUUCAUCAACAUUUUAUGUCUGUUUCUACUGAUUUAUGUUCCGUGCUUGAUUCAGGUAACUGAAAAAAACCUUUAUAAAUUUUUAUUUGAGUGAAAUAAAAAGAACAUUUGUGUUUAAAGAUAUUUUAAUAUCUCUAUGUUUACAUUAUACCAAUUGAAUAGAGAUGAUCAUACUGUAUGAUGUAUGCUAUCAUUUAUUUAAUCUUCAUGAACUGCAUUCUGAGUCUAUGCUGGGAGCAAUGGGCAUGAAGUGGGAAUAGACGCUGGAUGGGAUGCCAGGAUAUCGCAGGACAAAUACAUUCAGACACUUGUUCCACAUCUAGGCGCAAUUUAUCGUAGCCAAACCACCUAUUGGCACGGGAGGUAAGAUGAGACCCAAGAACCUGGAGAAAACCUACAGGAACACGGAGACCUUGCAAAACACCAUACCGAGAGUAACCCAAGCUCAGGAUUGAACUAGAGUCCUUGGAGCUGUCAGUGCUACCUGCUGUGUUCCUGUGCCACCUUCCUAGGAUCUACGCUAUAAGGCCAAAAGUAUGUGGAUACCUGACCAUCACACCCAAAUGUGGGUCUUCCCACAUUGUUGCCACAAAGUUGCAAGCAUAGACUUGUACGGAAUGUCUGUAUAUGCUGUAGCACAUGGGUGUCCAAUCUUAGCCAGAAAGGGCCACUGUGG